CGAACUUCUAAGUCAACUGCAGACCUUGAGCGUGCUUGUGUAGCCGCCACUUUUAGGGUCGCAAAUUCGCCCUCAAAACACGAAAUUACUCCCUUAAGUCUGUAAAACCCGACAUAUCCUGCGAAGAGAGCAAGAUGCCGCCAGACAUUCGCUCAUUCUUUGGCCCUAAAGGAGGCGCCGCACCGCCGAGGACAGUUCCGAAGCCAGUACCGAAGAAGACCGAUGACGAUUCUUCGAAGCGACGCAGUAGAGCUCGCAAGGUUAUCGAGGACGACAGCGACGAUGAAGUGAUUGCCGCCCAACCCCAGAAGCCCGCGACUAGAUCUACACCAAAGAAAAAAGCAGCUGAGAAAGAGGUCCAAGGAAUAGAAACUACAGCGAGUUCUUAUUUUGCAUCCACCAAAUCUAAGGACAAACCUGCCGCAAAAUCUGCUGCGAAACCCGAGUCCAAAGUAGAGCCACGGUCAAGUCCAAGGACCAAUAAGAAGGCACCAGCCACGAAACAGGAGUCGACUCCGCUGAAAAUUCGCGAGACGACUGCGAAGAAACGCUCUACGACAACUGCCAAGACGUUGCAUAUCAACGAUGAAGAUGCAUUCAUGGACGAUGAUGUCGAUGGUGGAGAUGACAUAUUUGCAGCUGAUAUCCGGGAUCGUAGCAAGCGAAAGAACGAUGAUUACGUUGAGGAAGAGAGCGAGGAAGAGUUUCUUCCAAAACCGAAGCGAGUUGCUAAACGUGGCAAGACGAUAGCGUGGUCUGAUGAUGACGAUGAUCACGACGAGCCCAUCGUGGCCAAGCUUGCCAAACCCGCCAAGUCCUCCGCCGCCGGCAAGAAGAGGAAGUCCCCCGAAGCAGAACCAGACGACCAUGAAGAUGAUGAACUGCCCCCUCACAAGAAACCAGCACCGAAGAAACCAAGGGCACCAAAAGUGAAGGUCGACGAGCCCGAGGAUGCAUCCAUACAAGCCAUCUUUGACAAUAUUCCGACAGUCAGACCACCAACACCACCUGCGAGGGACCCCGAUGCGAAGUUCGACUGGAGAAAGGCCCAAGGUGGCGGAGCUAACUCCGGUCCACCUCCUAACCCAACCUCUGAAGAAUUGCCCGAGGGAGAGGAGGAUUGUCUUGCGGGCCUCACCUUCGUAUUCACUGGACAACUCACGUCCAUCGCGCGGGAAGAUGCUCAGGCACUGGUCAAACGGUAUGGUGGAAAAGUAACGGGUCAGCCCAGCAGCAAGACGAGUUACGUCGUGUUGGGCGGCGAUGCCGGUCCCAGUAAGCUGAAAAAGAUCCAGGAGCAUGGGAUCAAGACAAUCAAUGAACAGGGCUUGUUCGAGCUUGUCCGUCGGCUCCCCGCCGGUGGUGGAAGCAGCAAGGGCGCCGAAAAACUGCGACAGAAGCGCGAGAAAGAAGAAGAAAAGAUAAAACAGCAGGCCGCUGAGAUCGAGAAGGAAGAGAAAGCUCGGAAAAUAGAAGCUGGGAAAGCACGCGACCUCGCUGCGGCUCGAGGGGCUGCAGGACCUGCUCGGGCUGCUACCGCUCUAACCUCACAACUCUGGACUGUGAAAUACGCUCCGACACAGCCGAGUCACAUAUGUGGGAAUAAGGCCGCCGUGGAGAAGAUCCAGAACUUUUUAAGAAACUGGUCGAAGAACCGCAAGUAUGACUUCCAGAAGCGGGGUGCAGAUGGGAUGGGUGGCCACCGUGCCAUAAUACUAUCAGGCCCUCCUGGUAUCGGCAAGACGACUGCAGCUCAUCUUGCUGCCAAACUUGAAGGUUAUGAUAUCAUCGAACAAAACGCCAGCGACAGCCGCAGCAAAAAGCUGGUCGAGCUUGGUGUCAGCGACGUCAUGAACAACACUUCCCUGAACGGUUAUUUUGCAGGUGACGGGAAAAAAGUGGACGCAACUAAGAAGAAGAUCGCACUCAUCAUGGACGAGGUCGACGGCAUGUCAGCCGGUGACCGUGGUGGUGUUGGCGCCCUGGCCAAGUUUUGCAAGAAGACCGAUGUCCCCUUGAUUCUCAUUUGCAAUGAGCGCAAAUUACCCAAGAUGAAGCCAUUUGACUUUGUCACCGGCGACAUUAAAUUCCAGAGACCUACGGUCGAUCAAAUACGAUCUAGGAUGAUGACAAUUUGCCACCGGGAAGGGUUGAAGUUGUCCGCUCAAGUUCUUGACGCCCUCAUUGAAGGCAGUGACAGAGAUAUCAGACAAACUAUCAACAUGAUGUCGACUGUCAAGCUCGACCAGACCUCUAUGGAUUUUGACCAAAGCAAGAACAUGUCGAAGGCGUGGGAGAAGUCGAUUGUUCUGAAGCCUUGGGACAUUUGCCAGAAGAUGCUCGCUGGUGGGUUAUUCGCGCCGGCAAGCAAGUCCACACUCAAUGAUAAAAUCGAGCUCUACUUCAAUGAUCAUGAGUUCAGCUACCUGAUGAUCCAAGAGAACUACCUACGCACAAAACCGAUGGCGUUGAACGCGAACUCGUACAAUAAACGGGAACAAAACCUCAAGGCAUUGGAGCUUGUCGAUAUGGCCGCGGAAAGCAUCAGUGAUGGUGACCUGGUCGAUCGGAUGAUUCAUGGCCCCCAGCAGCAUUGGAGCUUGAUGCCCACGCAUGCGAUCUUCAGCACCGUGAGACCUUCCAGCUUUGUGGCUGGGCAACUGAUGGGUUCCAAUUUCACCUCAUGGCUUGGAAACAAUAGCAAGUACGGAAAGCUGGGUCGAUACAUUCGCGAACUCCACUCGCACAUGCGACUCAAGUCCUCCGGGGACCAUAACGAGGUUCGACAGCAGUACUUGCCAGUACUAUGGACACGAAUCAUCCAGCGCUUGGCUGCUGACGGCAAAGAAGCUGUUGAGGACGUAAUAGAGCUUAUGGACAGCUACUACCUUACCAGAGAAGACUUCGACUCCAUAAAGGAGUUGGGUGUUGGACCUCAAGACGAGGACAAAGUGGAGAUUGAGGCACAGACAAAGUCUGCAUUCACAAGACUUUACAACCAAAUGUCUCAUCCCGUUCCCUUCAUGAAGGCUAGCAACGUGCUCGCGCCCAAGAAAGCCGCAAAAGAUGUGCCCGACCUCGAGGAGGCGAUCGAGGAGGAAGACGAGGCUGAGAUCGUUGAGCCUGUCGAAGCUGCUGAUGACGAGGAAGAUAUCAAAGGCGACAAAUACAUCAAGCAGCCCAAGGCCAAGCCAAAGAAAGCUACGAAGAAGGCCGCGAAGAUAGCCGAUGACGACGAGGAUGAAAAACCCAAGCCGAAGGCACGUAACAGAUCUAGUGCUGCCAAGGGCAAGGCGAAGAAGUGAUGUAAGCAUGGAUAUUGUGCAUAAAUAAAUGGCUUUCUUGGAACGGGCCCCAGGGCAGUAGCUGCAAAAGCACCAAGUUAGGAAGGCUGUAAUAGAACAUUCGUUUGGUAAAGUAAACAAUACUAGGGCCCCAUUGAUG